CCGUUCUGGUCGAAGCGAGCCGGCAAUACUAGGCGGCCGUGUGUCACCGAGAUCCGCCAGUUUCCGCGUGGACUUCGCCGCAACGGGUAGGCCUCGAUCCGCGCGCGUCCUCUUUGCACGCGUGGCCUGAUACACACACGAUCGCGUCGUGUCGCGUCGCCUCGCUUUGUGCACAAGUGCGUCUGGCGGAAAAAUGCGGUCUCCCAGUGUCCCCGUGUGCUUCGUUCACGUUCUACUGUGCGCCCUGGUGUUAACCACCAAGACUAGCGCAGCAUCUUCUGAUUCAAACUCGACGAAAGUCGUAGUCGACGAAGAAGAUGACGAAUCGUUGCCAGACAUCACGCUGGAGGAAUUCAAAGAAAGGUACAGGAGACUGAUACCCUACAUGACGUUCUACGUAGCAAACAACUACGUAAACGGGCAAAACCCGGUGUCACAAGGCACUCCUGGAAAAGAGAUACAAAGUGGCCUGGUAGGAGUGAGAAAGAGCCCGCAAUCGUUCGUCAGAGUGAAUACCGUGCCACGAAGGACGAACAAUUAUCGCACGAAUGUACCGAAUCAAGACAAGAAAUUCAUUCCAUCGAUACAAUACGAUCCGCGAAACGUAGGAGCCGAUAGCGACUAUUUCACACCCGUGAGACACAGUUCGAAGGUCAAUUAUGAAGAGUACCCGAUACCGUAUCAACUGUAUCGGGAUCAAAAGGUAGCGUAUCCCGAGAUAACUACGGUAUCCAGCCAAGCUAUCCGUAAGGAGAACAGAUACUAUGCAAACGUGAGACCACUACGACCUUACACAACAAAUGGCAGAGAUCACUUGCCUAGAAAACAACCCAUUAAACCUAUUUACAGUAAUCUACGAGAUGAGUACAUGCUUGAUUAUAAUGUCAGACCAAGUACUGCUGUUAAUUAUCCUGCGAAGGAAUUCCAAGAUCACCGACAAAUUCCACUACCUAACGUGUAUCCCAACGUGCUGGAACCUCUACCAGCGAGUAAACAAUCUCCUAUGCUCGCCCUACCACGAAAUCCUAACGUAAACCUACAACAAAUAGUGGAAAGCUUUCAACUAAGUGAACGUUUACCAGAAACAUUGAACAAGGAUAACAUAGACAAUAGUCUAAAGACACUUGUAGAGAUAUUGAAUAUCCUUCACAGCACGAAAAAGGAAGAAUUCCCGCAAAUCCAAGCGUCUCCUUUAACACCAGUGGUGGCACCUCUACCACCCAGGAUACCGGAGAAACCAACGAAUUUCAGGGUAAGACCGCAAACGAGGCCAAAGGUAAUAACCGAGACGAGAUUUCAAGCUACACCAAAUCCGCUAUAUUUGACCGAUGAUCCUGAACGUUACAAAAUAACGUCGUACGAGGAUGAAACGAAACCUAAACCACCACCUCAGUCGAAUUACAACACGAACAGCUUGACCAACAACAACGUGGUGGAAUAUUAUGUUCCUAUUGUGCAAGAAAUUCCAACGAAACAGAAAGAACCGUUCCUACCGACGAUCAGACCGCAAACCAACGAAGAUCUGACUGAUCAUUCCUACGCUAUCACGGAGGAUUUGAGUGACGAUGUAUUGCAACAGGAACGAUAUCCUUUGCCACCUGUUACCACGGAAGUUGUCCCACAGACGUCGCUAAAAUAUGGUGCUACCAGAGGAAAGGCUAAUGUCGAUUAUCCGGCCUAUUCUAGUAUACCUCGUACGAAUUUCAAUUGUAAGGAGCAACGUUACAAAGGAUUCUUUGGCGAUCCAGAUACUGGAUGCCAGGUAUGGCAUUACUGCGAUCUUAAUGGUGGUAAAUCGUCGUUUUUAUGCCCGAACGGUACUAUAUUCAGUCAAGUGGCGUUGACGUGCGACUGGUGGUUCAACGUGAAAUGCGAAACAACAACUCAAUUAUACGUGUUAAACGAACGACUCUACAAGUACAUUCUGCCGAUAAUGCCAAAGUUCCCGGAGGACUUCACCGGUCCGGAAGUAGAUCGGUAUUUAGAACUCAAAUUUAAAGAGAUGGAGGCGAAACUGAAGGAGAAAAAGCUGAAGAAACAGCAGGAGGAGAAAGAGAAAGAGAAGCAAAAAGAAAAACUCAAGGAUAAACAACAAACACAGGAGAAAGAAAAUGAAUAAUCGAUAUGUCUAGAUCCUAGUUAAAUUAUUGUAAUUUUGCUGAUUCAACUCUAGUACGUAUUUAACGUAUAUACCUUGUUGCCAUUAUUUGUUAUAAAUAGCAGUGAACGAUUGUAGGUUGUGUCUCUUACACAUCAUUGGAUGUGGAGAAAUUUUGUGAAACUCAAAAAUGUGCAAUAUUUUUAUUAUAGGUUUGUGUGUGAUUUAUUCUUAUAUAUAUAGUGUAUUUUAUAAGAAAAGUUUGGUAUAAGAUCUCUAGAUUGAAGAAAUCAAAUUACUACAUUAUUACUGUAAUGAAAUAUUUAAUAUGCAGUAUCUAAUUAUUCAAGCACUUAAAGCAACUGGAAAUGCAGGAACUGGACACAUAUGGAACAAUCGAUAAUGUCAAUAAGUAUUUUUCUUCCCUCUAGUCAUAUUUGUAUUAUGUAAUUAUUUAUGACAGCAUAUAUUCUUUAUUACUUUAUAAAAAAAAGUUUGCAUUUAUACAUGCAUUUCACAGACAAAUAACAGUCUUCUAUAUAUUAGGUAUAUAUCAUAUAUGCAACAUAUUAUACUCAAUUAUAAACAAGUAUGACGAUAAAUUAAUUUGAAAAUUUCUGCUACUUCAGAGAACAGUUUGUACAAUUAAUUAUAUUGCAACAAAUUGAUUCUACGAUAAUAAUUAAUAU